UCUUCCUCAAAUCUUUGCACCACCAUUCUUUUAUGACUCAGUCUUCUCUCUCUCUUCUCUCAAUGCCCAUGAUAACACCAAACCACUUGCUUCUGCUUCUCACACCACAAAAUUCUCUAUUCAAUAAAUAAAUCUCUCAGAAGAAAUUUCUUCGAAUUGGAGAAGAUAAAAAAAGUUUUAUCUUUUCUUGAUUUUUUUUCUUUUUUUUCUAAUCAUUCACACCCAAUUUAAACGAGACUUGUCCAAUCUCUAUCCAUCAAUAUUGUAUCAUUUCUUGUAAAGUACUCUGUUUUAGCUUCACACGCCAUUUUUUGUUUUUCCAUUUGACUUCUGUAAAAUCCUGACAAAGAAUUGUUUAAGACAUACAUAUACGUGUUAUAUAUUUGUAAAGGAAGCAAAAAGUGUUUGGCUUUUAAUUUCUCUCUGUUGGGAUGGGUCUUUGUUGGGGAUCUCCAUCUGAUUCUCCUCCAACAACAACACCUUCCUCUACUGGUAACAUCAGUUCAGUAGGGACUUUUAAGUCAUCAAACAACACGACGACUACAGGAACAUCAAGGGGAAGUAACAUAUCUAGCAAUAGUGGGUUCUCUGUGGCAAGUGGUGAAGAUGCUUACCCCGAUGGUCAGAUACUUCCCAUUCCGAAUUUGAGGAUAUUCAGCUUAGCAGAACUUAGAGCUUCAACAAGGAAUUUCAGGUCUGAGAAUGUUCUUGGAGAGGGAGGAUUUGGGAAAGUCUUUAAAGGCUGGCUUGAAGACAAGACUCCAGGGAAACAAAGCAACGGAACUGUGAUUGCUGUUAAGAAACUGAAUGCAGAAAGCUUCCAAGGAUUCGAAGAAUGGCAAUGUGAAGUGAAUUUUCUUGGGAGGGUUUCUCAUCCAAACCUCGUGAAGCUGUUGGGAUACUGCUUGGAAGGUGAAGAGUUGCUUCUUGUGUAUGAGUAUAUGCAAAAAGGGAGCUUAGAGAAUCAUCUCUUCCGAAAGGGGUCUGCCGUUCAGCCACUCUCAUGGGAGAUAAGGCUUAAGAUUGCAAUAGGAGCAGCUAAAGGCUUAGCAUUCUUACACGCUUCAGAGAAGCAAGUAAUUUAUCGAGACUUCAAAGCGUCAAACAUUCUACUUGAUGGGUCAUAUAACGCAAAGAUAUCAGAUUUUGGAUUGGCGAAAUUAGGACCUUCCGCUAGUCAAUCUCACAUCACAACACGGGUUAUGGGUACACACGGUUACGCAGCUCCAGAGUAUGUUGCUACAGGUCACUUGUAUGUAAAGAGCGAUGUUUACGGGUUUGGCGUUGUUUUGGCUGAGAUCUUAACUGGUUUACAUGCGCUUGAUCCUACUCGUCCUACCGGGCAACACAAUCUAACCGAAUGGAUCAAACCUCAUCUAUCCGAAAGAAGAAAGCUAAGAAGCAUAAUGGACCCUCGUCUAGAAGGAAAAUACCCUUUCAAAUCUGCUUUCCGAGUAGCUCAACUGGCUCUGAAAUGCCUUGGACCCGAACCCAAAAACCGUCCAUCGAUGAAAGAAGUGGUGGAAUCGCUCGAACUCAUCGAAGCUGCCAAUGAGAAACCGUUAGAACGAAGGACCACUAGAGCUUCCCCAUCCAUCCGUCAACAACAAGGCCAUUAUCGCCCGCAACAACUCUCUUCGUUUCGUCCUAGACAAAACGUGUCUCGAGCUCACUAGUGUUGUUUGAAGACACUGAGAUUCUUUUCUUAGUUUUGUAUUUGUUAAGAUUAUCAAAACCCAUUCGUAUGUAUACUACAUGAAAGAGAAAACAAAUGUUGUACCUGUAUUAGUAUGUAGUGUUUGGUGUGUGUAAUAUAACUACUUAAACGGUUAAACCAGAUUAUGAAAAGGUUUAACUAAUGGUCAUCAAUAUAUAAGCCAUUGUUCACACAAUUUU